AUGUCGAUGGCAACUUUCAGUGGAAAACGGUACUUCGUGACAUUCAUUGAUGACAAGUCAAGAUACUGUGUCGUCUAUCUGCUCAAGAGCAAAUCUGAAGUUGCGGCGAAGUUCAUGGAAUACGCUGCGAUGGCCGAAACGCAAACCGGAAAGCGCGUGAAGUACCUUCAAAGCGACAAUGGGGGUGAAUACAAGUCCGACAAGCUGGCACGAUUCUGCGCGGAACGGGGAAUACAACAAGGUUCACACCCCCCAUAUACUCCUCAGCUAAACGGAGUAGCUGAGAGAAUGAAUCGCACGCUGGUCGAGUGUGCGCGUUGCAUGAUGGAACACGCUGGACUGGGAAAGAGCUACUGGGGUGAAGCAGUGAUGACGGCGAUGUUUCUUCGAAACCGCUGUCCAACACGUGCCAUUCACCAAGACAAGUCUCCAUAUCAAGUGUGGACGAUGAAGAAACCGAUUCUGGCCAACCUUAAAGUGUUUGGAUGCCACGCGUAUGUUCAAGUGCCUCAAGACAAACGCGCGAAGUUCGACUCCAAGUCAUCACUCUGUCGUUUCCUGGGAUACGCCGAACACCAGAAGUCAUAUCGAUUUGAGGAAGUGUCAACAGGAGCGAUCAAGAUCAGUCGCGAUGCCACAUUCAUGGAAGACAAGUUUGAUGAAGGUCCGCGCAACUACAACGAUGAGUCAAGUGUCGUUGAGUUUGAUGAUCAUGAUGAGGACGAAGAAAAAGAAGAAGGUAAAACUGACGACGACAUGGACUCGAGCGACGAUGACAACGAAGACACCAGGUCUUCGAAGAGCAACAUCAAGAGACACACGCGCACUCAAUCACUUGAGAAAGCUACCGUCAUUCAAGUCCCAAGCGAAGAACAUACAGAGGUCCGUCGCUUGAGCAUGUUGGGGGAAACGCCGACUACAUUCAAGUCGGCGAUGGAAUCAAGCGACUCCGGCAAGUGGAAAGAAGCGUGUGACUCGGAGUUCGAUUCGCUUCAGAGAAACGACACGUGGGAAAUCGUGCCUCUUCCGAAAGGUCGCAAGGCCAUCGGGUGCCGAUGGGUUUUUCGUGUAAAGGAGAAUCAAGAUGGCGAAGUUGAACGUUUCAAGGCAAGACUUGUGGCCAAAGGAUUCUCACAGAAAUUCGGAGUUGACUAUGAAGAAACUUUCGCACCGGUGGCCAAGUUCACAUCGAUUCGUGUGGUGCUCAGUAUGGCGGCUAAGUACGGCCUAAUGCUACAUCAGAUGGACGUCAAGACAGCGUUUCUUAACGGCUCCCUCAACGAAGACAUCUACAUGGACCAGCCGGACGGAUACCUGGAUGCAACACAGCCGGACUAUGUGUGCAAGCUAAAGAGAUCACUCUACGGCUUGAAGCAAUCGCCUCGCAUGUGGAACCAAACAAUCGAUGGGUUCAUGAUCAAGAUGGGAUUCAAGAAGUGCGAAUCGGACCACUGCAUCUACAUCAAGCGAGACGACCAAGACAUGAUUCUCGUGGUGCUCUACGUCGAUGAUCUCAUCCUGGCCAGCAGCAACAACGAACUCCUCAAGUCAACCAAGAUGGCGCUGAGCAAACGCUUCGAAAUGACGGAUCUCGGUGAGCUCGAUUACUUUCUCGGCAUGGAGAUCAAGAACGACCGUAAGACGGGAAUGGUGACUGUACAACAAACCAAGUUUCUCAAGUCCGUGUUAACCAAGUUCGGAAUGGAUAACAGCAAGCCAGUGAAGACGCCUCAAGAUCCCGGCCUGAAGCUAACCAAGAACAUGUGUGAACAAGAAUGCAAGCACGAAGACACCAUGUGCAACGUGCCAUAUCGAAGUGCUGUCGGAGGCAUCAUGUAUCUCAUGGUCGCCACACGUCCGGAUCUAGCUGCUGCAGUGGGAUCAUUAUCCCAGUUCUCGUCCGACCCAUGCCCGACUCACUGGCAAGCUUUGAAGCGUGUGCUGAGAUACCUGCAAGCAACGCCCAAUCAUGGUCUUGAGUUUACACGUGAAGAAGGAAGCCGUAUCUGCGGGUACACCGACGCAGACUGGGCCGGCGACAUUGAGUCAAGACGAAGUACAAGCGGCUAUGUGUUCAUGAUGAGCGGAGGAUGCAUCAGCUGGAAAAGCCAGAAACAACGGACGGUCGCGCUAUCUUCAACAGAAGCAGAAUACAUGGCGCUUUCCGAAGCAACCAAAGAAGCAGUAUGGCUCAAAGUGCUUUUGGGAACUUGGUGA